UUGGAACCAGCACUUGCGCACCGCGCAUUCUCGACGAUCGUUGUACUGUUAUCAGAAUCCGCUACGAGAACGUACAGUGAUUUACCGGUGAUCGAUAGAGUAGUGAGAAAAUUUUGCAGAGUACUUCAUUGUUAGUGUUCCAGUUAUUUAUUUUAAAUUUAUCAUGAAAAUUAUUGUUGAGCAGCAUCCAAAUGUGUUGGAUGUUUCGGAGCUGCUGCGUCCCGAGCCAAAGUUUUCCGAUAAGGAAGUGUCUAAAUUUCGGGACUAUUCGGUCGAUGAAAAUGAUCCUCUCAAGGAACGCGUCCGACGCACGUACAAGUUAAUGCACACGCACCAAACGGUGGAUUUCGUUAAAGGUCGUCACGAGGAAUGGCUCCACUUUGAUCACUUCAAAGCAACCGUUCGGCAGGCGCUGGAAAAGCUUAACGACCUAGUCGAUGAGUCGGAUCCGGAUCUGGACCUUCCCAACAUUGUGCACGCGUUCCAAACGGCCGAACGGGCGCGCGAAGAGUUUCCGGAGCUGGACUGGCUUCACUUGACCGGAUUGAUACACGACCUUGGCAAGGUGAUGGCCUUCUAUGGGGAGCCCCAGUGGGCUGUUGUGGGCGAUACCUUUCCGGUUGGGUGCGAGUGGGGCCAGAGCAUCGUGUACCGCGAGGACAGCUUCACCGACAAUGUGGAUGGCCUGAACCCCAAGUACAAUACCAAGAACGGGAUGUACCAGCCACAGUGUGGUUUGGAAAAUCUGACCAUGUCGUGGGGACACGAUGAAUUCCUGUUCCGGCUGUUGAAGCACAAUAAGUGCACGUUGCCGGAACAGGCGCUCCAUAUGAUCCGUUACCACUCCUUCUAUCCUUGGCACUCCGGGGGUGACUACCAACAUCUAACGACAGAGAAAGACGAGGAGACCAAGCAAUGGGUGCUGAUGUUCAAUCGCUACGACCUGUAUACUAAAUCCACCAAACUUCCGGAUAUCGACGCCCUAUGGCCAUAUUAUCAGAGUCUGAUUGAUAAAUAUUGUCCAGGAGAGCUUGAGUUUUGAAAAAUCUCCAAAACACAAUAGAUCGUAAUCGCUUAAGAGAAUUUUAUUAGCGUUAAUGUACGGGCUUAUAUUGUGCAACAACUGGUGACAUUUUGUAAAAACAACUAACAUAAUCGCAAUGGUACUGCAAGGCGAAUUAGUGAAAUCGCCCAAGGAAGUACAAUUUGAAACGAGCAAAUCUUUAAUUAGCAAAUGAAAUAAAUAUAAGCUAUAAGCAAAUGAAAAACAAUAAAGAAGAAAAACAUACAACGAAUCGAUGCUAAUGUUGUUGCCAUUAAGAAUAACGCUGUUUCGUGCGUAAAAAUCAGUCUCAGUUUGAAUCGUUCUCUAACUGCCCAAAACCCAAGGCUUGGUAGAUUUUCGAUCCACCUAUUCAUCGAUGAAACGUUUCAUCGAGCAGCGCAAGCCGAUUACGUUUAAAUGAUCAAGUCCAGUUCCAACGGAUUUCAUUUAGCAAUAAUUGCGAUAGUGUUUGCUCUAGGUUACGGCUAAAGAGACUACAGAUUUAACAGUUUAUUAAAAGAAACUGGUAUUUGUUGGAGGAACAAUAAAACAGAGGAA